ACCAUAGGCAUUAAAACCAGGGAAAACAUCAUGCUUCUACGUUACUUUGGUUCUGAGCCGACUUCGCCAUAUGACAGUGGGGGGGGCACUUGCUUCACGCCCGGGAGGUAGCCCGUCCCCGAUUCCAAAUCGAAUGUAAUCUUUCAGCCGGUGCAAAGACGCGUACACGGGCGAGAUUAAUCGAACUCUCUGUUGUUUUGAAUCCGCUAGACACAGCCUGGAGGGGGUACGGCUUUGAUUAGAAGAUGGCGGAUGUUGAAGGCGAUGAAAUUCGGUCGGCUCUCCUUUCAGCUUCCAGUAAUGGACCCGCUGCAGGUUCGAUAGUCGGUACCGGAGGCCAAAAUGCUACCCAGGUGACGUCAGGUCCACGGAUGGUUAGAAUUGUAAAGUCGGAAUCAGGAUAUGGAUUCAACGUUCGUGGACAAGUUAGCGAAGGAGGACAACUGCGAAGCAUUAAUGGGGAAUUGUACGCCCCUCUUCAGCAUGUCAGUGCUGUUUUGCCUGGAGGGGCUGCGGACCGAGCUGGCAUAUCAAAGGGUGAUAGGAUUCUUGAGGUUAAUGGAGUGAGCGUGGAGGGGGCCACCCACAAGCAGGUGGUGGAUCUGAUCCGGACCGGAGAGAGGGAGCUGGUGCUGUCCGUGCUGUCUGUGCCUCCCCAGGAGGCCGACUGCCUGGAGGCCGGGGAUGAGAGUGCGGCCCAGCUCAGCUACGACUACAGUGACAAGCAGGCCGUACCCAUCUCCAUCCCCACCUUCAAGCACGUGGAGCAGCACGCAGAGAGGUUUGUGGUGUACAACGUGUACAUGUCGGGCAGGCAGCUGUGCUCCAAGCGUUACCGAGAGUUUGCUAUCCUGAACCAGAACCUGAAGAGGGAGUUUGCCAGCUACAUCUUCCCCAAGAUACCCGGGAAGUGGCCCUUCUCUCUGUCUGAGCAGCAGCUGGACGCACGCCGCAGGGGCCUGGAGGAGUAUCUGGAAAGAGUUUGUUCUGUGCGGGUGAUUGGGGAGAGUGACAUCAUGCAGGAAUUCCUGUCUGAAUCAGAUGAGAAUUACAAUGGUGUGUCAGACGUGGAGUUGCGGAUAGCCCUGCCAGACAAGACCACCAUCUCGGUCAGGGUGCGCAAGAACAGCACGACUGACCAAGUCUACCAGGCUUUAGUGAUGAAGGUUGGUAUGGACAGCAUCAUGGCCAGCUACUUUGCCCUCUUUGAAGUCAUCAACCACUCCUUUGUGAGAAAACUGGCCCCCAAUGAGUUCCCCCACAAGUUGUACGUGCAGAACUACACAUCGGCCGUGCCGGGUACCUGUCUGGCCCUCCGCAAGUGGCUCUUCACCUCUCAGGAGGAGGAGCUGCUCAGGGACAAACCUCUGGCCGUUCACUACUGCUUCCACCAGGCAUUGGAUGACGUGAAGAAGGGAUUCAUCAAAACAGAAGACAAGUCUUACCAGCUGACAAAACUGGCAGAGCAGCGCAAGAUGGCCAUGUAUCUGAGUCUGCUGCGCUCCUGUGAGGGAUACAAUGAGGUCAUGUUCCCCCACUGCUCCUGUGACUCCCGGAGGAAGGGCCACGUCAUCACGGCCAUCAGCAUGCACCACUUCAAGCUGCACGCCUGCACAGAGGAUGGCACGCUUGAGAACCAGGUGAUAUCAUUUGAGUGGGCGGAGAUGCAGCGCUGGGACACCGAUGAGGAGGGCAUGGCGUUCUGCUUUGAGUACGCCAGGGGGGAGAAGAAACCUCGCUGGGUCAAGAUCUUCACACCAUACUUCAACUACAUGCACGAGUGCUUCGAGAGGGUCUUCUGUGAGCUCAAGUGGAGGAAACAGAUUGAAAAAGAGGCCUCUGACAAAGACAACCAGAACUGCAGUAACAAUGAAUAUCUCCCUGCUCUGGAGACACAGAAGGGAUGGCGCCAUCUAGGGGGCGAGAUCGCCACAUCCUAAAUACUCCACCAGAAUCGGUCCACUCGCACCAUCACAACCGAGAACGCCAUCCGCAAAAGAAACAAAAAAAGAGAACUGAGGCGAUUCACUCCAGAAACUGGAAAUCAAUUUAUUUAUUUUUGUUUUUUUAAUGUAAUCACACAAACCCAGGAAUUCGCAGAUAGACGACGAGCAAUGAAGGAAAAAAAAAAAAUGUCAUUACUAGAUGUUCAUAGAACAGCAUAUACUUUUUCCUCCGUGCAUCACCCCUGACAUGGGGCGGGACACUAGCUGAGUUCUUCCACCCCACUGGUUGAGGAAACCGAACAGUACAGUGCGAUUGGUCAAUGUUCACAGCAGCCUGCGACACCAUUGGACGAAGGGAACACCUUGACGUGAUCAACAGAUGACACGCCAGCGAGGAGGCCAGCCGGCAUCUGCGAUGUGAUUGUUUAGGCCAGUUCUACAACACGUUUGGUCCGGGCUAAUGCUUUCAAUGUGCCUCUGGUCUGCUGAACUACAAGAUGACAUGCUGGGAAACAUGAUAGAGGGUGGGCGGGACACCAUUGUCACUGGCAAUGCUAAACGGGAUAUAGCAUUGUUUUCACUGAUGCAGGACAUUAUCAGAUUAUGUUUUUUGGACAAGUAGGGUAAGAAACAAAAGGUUAUCUGUCAAAAGCCUAGGAGGCUGUAGUCUACAAAAAUAGUCACACAAUCUGAAUAUAAGCUCCCAGUAAUGAAUUGGGUGGUUUACCCAAUCAAUUACUGGGAGUGUGUGUGUGCAACUCUAUUUUUAUAGUCUACAGUUUACUCGGCAUUAGUCAGCGCCUCUAACUUUUUUGGGUGUGCGCCAGCUCAUGCUUUUCAAAAGAAUAGGAGACAAAAGUAACUGAUGCAAGGUGUUAUGUUCAUAAAAACAGUACACUUAUGUUUUAGGAAAACCUGCUUUAGGUUAUCUGUCAAAGGUUAUCUGUCAAAAGCCUAGGAGGCUGUAGUCUACUAAAUUAAUAUAUGAUUAAUAUAAGAGCUCAAGAAAUGACUUUCUUAUUCUAACCGUGUAGAAAGUUAACAGGGGAGCUUCCUCCUUGGCUUCUCAUCCUUGCUCUAUUUUUCACAUUUUCUAACCUAUCUAAUACACUCUUGUUUAGAAUGUCUGUUGGCAGUUCACCACAACUGAAAGUGUGAACAUUUAUCCCCUUAAAAUUGUUGUGGUAAUUCAGUAGAAUCUCCCAAGUUCAGAGAUAAAAAUGUGUUGUUUUUUAUCAA